AUGGCUUUCCUUCCUCCUUGGGCCGGGGUACUAGUUUAUUUCUUUUGUGUUUCUUUAGCAGGAUCUGACUUCUCAGAUCUGUAUCCCCCCCUGUGGUUGAAGAGUCCUGGUCAGUUCAGUGACUAUAGGGUAGAGAAUGGAAAGUACAUUAUCGAUCCCUGGGUAUACUCUGAGAGAAUGGGGAUGUAUAAAAUCCUAGUGAACAAGACAGCCAGUUAUUUUGAAAACUUUGCACCAGACAAUGAACAAAAUAUUUUAUGGGGAUUACCUCUCCAGAAUGGCUGGCAAUUUAGAACAGGAAGAUUAGCUGAUCCCAGACGAAGGAAAGACUGUGGCUACGAAUCUGGAGAUCUUUUGUGUAUCUCUGUGGACAGUUGGUGGGCUGAUAUGAAUUACUUUCUAUGUGCAUUACCCUUCCUUGCUGCAGUUGAUUCUGGCAUAAUGGGUAUAUCAUCAGACGAAGUCAUGCUUUUGCCACCACCCAAGGAUCAGACAAAUUUCUGUCUUAAUGUUUCUAGUUGUCAGUCAUCCUUUCCUGAAAUAAUGAGCAAGUGGAAUGCCUUUUACCAGAAUUUACAGUAUCCUUCCAGUAGCUUCGAAGACCUGUUGAAGUACUUGUGGGCUGCACAUGCCUCAACCCUGGAAAAUGCUGGCAAAAUAUUUGAAGAUAGGCUGGAGUAUUAUUCUAAACCAGAAGCAGACUUUGGAAGAAAUUGGUGUGUGGCUGUGGAAUACUUGGCUGCAUCCCUCUUUCCAACAACUUUGAUUAUUACACAUGAAUUCCAGAAAGGCCUGCCACCACGGAUGCUUGUUAACGGGGAUAGAGCCCCUUUCAUCAGCGACUUUACUGACUUUCAAAACACUGUCCUACUUGUUCUAAGUUUUCUUCCCAGAUUGGAUAACUCUUCAGAUUCAAGGCUGAGGCCAGCCACUCCUUUUGCUGCCUCCAACCUGACCAAGAAGGUCCUUACUCCCCACUCUUCUGCUGCAAUGGUCACUACCUCGUCCUUUCUUCAAAUAAGGACGAUUGGUGGCUGA